AUGCGUGUACUCUUCUACCUCGCCUCUGCUUUCACCCUGUCGCUCGCUCUUCCACAAGGCUCUCAAGAGCUUGUGGCGACAGACGAUUGUCCGGAGGUCGUCCCAGGGCCUGGCCUACCAAGUUUAGCCUCGCUCAAUCUCACAUCCGCCGACCUCUGCAAGUCACCUGAAGAAUUUCAGAUGAGUCUCUAUGGACAAGUGGAGUCUCCGUCAUCGGCUCAGGACUCGGCGAACGAUGAGAAGCAAUUGGUCAAGAGCACUAUGAGACCGAUCCCCAGGAGAUUCUCCUGGGGAACUCCUGCGGGUCCUGCGCAGGCGGGUGGAUUCCUGCCAACGCAGGAUGAGUCCCGCGGAGGCAGUUUCGUUGAUCAACCCCGCCCUGGCGGUAGGGUUGAUCCCGCAUGGGCAGGAGGAAAAGUCGGCCCCGCCGGUGCAGUUUUGACAAACCUGCACAAGCAGGACGAAGCGCCGGACCCGCCGGUGCAGUUUUGA